UGACCUGUUUUCAGCUUCCUGUGUUUGUUGACGUGGAUAUGAAGGCGCUCGUUCUCUGUUUGCGUUUCUCGUCAGUUUGUUAACAGUUUUGCUUAAUAAGGAAACACGCAGACAACCAAAGAUGUCGGAAACCGGGAACCGACUUCGGAAGCUGCUGGAAUCGCCCAACUUCGAUCCACAGAACUACGUCAAGCAGCUGUCACAGCAGUCGGAUGGCGACAGAGACCUCCAGGAGCAUCGUCAGAAAAUUCAAACUCUGGCUGAUGAAACGGCCCAAAACCUCAAGAAGAACGUGUACAAGAACUACAGACAGUUCAUCGAAACGGCCAAGGAGAUCUCCUUCCUGGAGAGCGAGAUGUACCAGCUGAGCCACAUCCUCACCGAGCAGAAGAGCAUCAUGGAGAGCAUCACUCAGGCCUUACUGUCCACAGACAAGGAUGAGACCUCCAAAGAGAUGCAGGCAGCGUUCCCCAAAGAGACAGAGGACCUGAAGCAGAGGACUCUCACCUCACUGCUGGAGAAGGUGGAAGGAGCUAAAAACAUCAUGGACACCCCAGGGAGACACCUGGUCUACAAUGGAGACCUCGUGGAGUUUGAUGUGGACAACAUGUCCCCCAUCCAGAAGGCUCAUGCUUUCCUGAUGAAUGACUGCCUGUUGAUUGCCACCUGGCUGCCUAACCGCAGAGGCACAGUGAAGUAUAAAUACAAUGCCCUGUAUGAUCUGGAGAGCUUUGCUGUGGUCAACGUAAAGGACAACCCUCCCAUGAAGGACAUGUUCAAGAUUCUCAUGUUCCCAGACAGCCGCAUCUUCCAGGUGGAAAACAGCAAAGUCAAGAAGGAGUGGCUGGAGAUCCUGGAUGAAACCAAGAAAAAGAAAGCCUCCCAGGACAAACACAAGAAAGAGGAGGAGGUCCCCACCUCUCCCGUGCGAGCCGAAGUGUCCAACAACCCUUUUGAUGUGGAUGACGACGAGCCGGCAGAUGCCGAGGAGAGUGUGGACCUCAGUCUCGAGUGGAUCCAGGAGCUGCCCGAGGACCUGGAUGUGUGCAUCGCUCAGAGAGACUUUGAGGGUGCAGUGGACCUGCUGGACAAGCUGAACGAGUAUCUCAAAGACCAGCCUGCGACCCAGACGGUGAAAGAGCUGAAGGCGAAGGUGGAUGAGCGUGUGCGGCAGCUGACUGAGGUCUUGGUGUUUGAGCUGUCUCCUGAUCGGUCGCUUCGUGGUGGACCUAAAGCGACCCGGCGGGCCGUGUCCCAGCUCAUCAGAUUAGGUCAGUCCACCAAGGCUUGCGAGCUGUUCCUGAAGAACCGCGCCGCGGCUGUCCAGACGGCCAUCCGGCAGCUCCGCAUCGAAGGAGCCACGCUGCUCUACAUCCACAAACUCUGCAACAUUUUCUUCACCAGCCUGCUGGAAACUGCCAAGGAGUUUGAGACGGACUUUGCGGGGAACACGGGCUGCUACUCUGCCUUUGUGGUCUGGUCCAGAUCGGCCAUGACGAUGUUUGUGGACGCGUUUAGCAAACAGGUGUUUGACAGCAAGGAGAGCCUGUCGACAGCAGCAGAGUGCGUUAAAGUGGCCAAGGAGCACUGUCAGCAGCUGACGGAGAUCGGCCUGGAUCAGACGUUCACGCUGCAGUCGCUGCUGGUCAAAGACGUCAAGGCAGCCCUGCUGAGCUACAAGAACAUCAUCAUUGAGGCCACAAAACACCGGAACUCUGAGGAGAUGUGGAGGAGGAUGAACUUGAUGACCCCUGAGGCUUUAACUAAGCUCAAGGAUGAGAUGCGUAGCUGUGGGAUUAGUUUCCAGCAGUACACGGGCGAUGACUGCUGGGUGAACUUGAGCUACACCAUCGUGGCCUUCACCAAGCAGAUGAUGAGCUUCCUGGAAGAGGGUCUGAAGCUCUACUUCCCCGAGCUGCACAUGGUGCUGCUGGAGAGCCUGAGGGAGAUCAUCCUGGUGGCCGUGCAGCACGUCGACUACAGCCUGCGCUGUGAGCAGGACCCCGAGAAGAAGGCUUUCGUCCUGCAGAACGCCACCUUCCUCCACGACACCGUGCUGCCGGUGGUGGAGCGGCGGUUUGAGGAGGGUGUGGGGAAACCGGCCAAACAGCUGCGGGACCUGAGGAAGAGCACGAGGCCGGUGCGGAUCAACCCAGAGAGCACCACAUCCUUAGUCUGAGGCCGACAGGAGCUUCGACGGCUCGUUUAACAAACCGCGUGAGACUGAAACGGCGGCCGGUGGCCACUCCCCCCUUCCCUCCCUGUCAUUUCACCUCCCCCCUCAGACCCGAUCCACAACACUAACUACUGGGUGUUUAGAUGCUGCAGGAAGGAAAUGAUGGUAAAAUGAAAGAGUCAGUGAUGACAGAGUCGGACGUUUUAUUUAAAGUUAAAUUUUCCUGCUGCAGCUUGUUUAGUUCUCAGUUCUUCGGGUUAAUAAUCCAUCAUACAAAACGCUUCAGUCCAAUGAAAGAAUAAACCGACUUCUGCUGGUGUUUGACCUCGUUUACGUGAAUAUUUUAUCUUACAAGGGAUUCCUUAUGUUAGCAAAACAUCUGGUUUUAGGAACGUUUAAACGCGUCAAAAUGAUUGUAUUUUUAUUGUCACGUAAAGCUUAAACACACGAGCAUGUGACGUGGGGAUGACUAAAAUUAGCACUCAGAUAUUCUGUUAAAUUGUGGUUUUUGUCUGCAACCAGUAACCUUGUUAAACAUACUGUUAGUCUUUUUUGUUUUUAGUAUAAAUGGGAACUGCAAAGUUUUUUUCGGGGGGGGUUGAAAUGGGUCCCAUUUAUUCACACCUGCAGCUUAUGCAUGCAAAUCCAUUCAAAUCCAAUAAAACAUGAAGGUUGCUGUUUAAUUUUAACAAUAAGAAGAACAGAAAAUGUAAUUUGCAAUAAAAACUAAAGUUUAAA